UAAGUAUUGCUAAUUAAGAUAAUAAUCCAAGUUGAAGCUAGUUUAAUUAUGGUACGUUUGACUCGUAAAAGUAAGGAAUCUCUCUCCCUCUCUUUGCAUUCGUAUCUAUAUAUAUAUUGCCUCAAUAUUCAUCCAUUUGCUAAGUCUCCAUCUUAUAAAUUCCUACCUCUCUCUCUCACACACACUCAACAUUCAUCAUAUCUAGAGAGAGAGAGAGAGAGAGAUGGAUUCAUCAUCAAGAAAAUCAAACAAGAUCAGAGACAUAGUUAGGCUACAACAAAUCCUGAAGAAGUGGAAGAAGGCUGCCAACAGCAACAAAAGCAAUGCUGCUUCAAGCACAAGCAAGAGCAGCAGCAGCAACAAGAGCAUCAAGUUCUUGAAGAAGACGCUGUCCUUCUCGGAGAGCUCGUCGUCGUCGUUGGCAAACGGCGCCGUUCCGAAAGGGUUCGUGGCGGUGUGCGUGGGGACGGAGCUGAAGAGGUUCGUGAUCCCGACGGAGUAUCUGAGCCACCAAAUGUUUGGGAUUCUACUGAGAGAAGCUGAGGAAGAGUUCGGAUUCCAGCAGGAAGGGGUGCUGAGGUUUCCAUGCGAAGUGGAGCUGUUCGAGAAGGUGUUGAAGAUGAUGGAGGAGAAGAGGUCGAUGUCAUCGCCGGCGUUGGAUCAACUCGAUUAUCACGACGUCAUCAUCAACUGCUCCGAUAACUACUCUCCAGAAACUGAGCUUCAUCACCACCCGCAGAUGUGCAGAUAACCCUAUUUUAAUUCAUUUGCUUAAUCGUCUAGUCGAAUGUAAUGUAAUAUUUGGGAGAGGGAUAUAUAUGGAUUAUCCAUCGUUUUGAUUUA